CCACAUCGAAGGUAGGUUUGGGUUCUUUGUUAUUGUACAAUGAUGCAUUCAAAGUGGGAGAAUCCAAUACCCUAUAUUUGAGCGUGCUGGGGCAUUGCAAUACUCUCACAUCUCGUUUGAAACGACUUGGCGACAGGAUUUAGAAUCCGAGGAUGAGAAGGACCAUAACGGGGUCCGGACAAGAUUGUUUGAAAGGCUUAUGAUCGUUAGACGAGGACUUUAGUAAUAUCAUUUCAGUUGCAGGAUGCAAUGAGCAAUCUGUUUGACACGAAAAUGCGAAUCGGGAAUCGCAAAAGGCGAGUCGGCGAGUAGAAGAAUUCGCAAAGAUAGGGAGAGAUGUCGGUGUCAGAUGCGCAGGUAGUGCGGUAGAGUUAGACCUUUGCGCAAAAUCAGUUUUGCAGAGAAGGUAUCUGCGGGGAGCGACAAGCAGGCCACAGGUUGCGAGUGGUCGCAUUCAACAAUGAAACAUCUAAUGUCCACAAUUCCCACGGGAUCCCAAUUUUCAAGUCGAUGUGAAUCAUCUCCGCCUGCGACCACCGAGGGACGCGCGCUGUGGGGCCCAGUAGUACAAAGGUCUACGCAUUCAGGAAAUCACUCGAGAUUUCGCGGUUUAGAAAAUCGAUCAAACUGUGACGCCUACAGCCAUACUAGCAAGCUCUGCGAUCUGACCUCAUGUCAUGUGGGUGGCUUCAAUGCUGUCAACGGGGCACGAAUGUCGACUGCGGAGCUCCAUUCCCAAUGGUCGCACCAGGACGGAGACGUGCCUUUGGUCGACCUGCACAAUGCAGCCCAGCUGGGCGAGGACUCCCUCCGCGAGACGUCGUUUUCUAGUUCCAUAUUGCAUGACGAGGUUCGCGAGGAAACGCACUCGUCGCUACUUUUUCCCGAAGAGUCACAUCAUGUGGUGGUCCCUAAUGGUGACCAUUGUGGUGAUCGCUCGGCGUCGGAGUCUGGAUUUAGAGAUUCGGGGUCCAACAUGAUUAGAGGGGACGUUGACCACCACGUACCGGAGAUGGAGAUUUCAUGGGGAGCCACUGAAGAUGACAAAGACAAUUACUGCCUUGAUUUGUGGGACAUUGUUGGUGAUGACAUAGUCGCUCAGCAAAAGCAGAACGGCAGAGUAGACGAUGAGGGUGACAAUGCGGAGCGUGGCAAUGAGAUUCUGAAGAUCGCGUUUAUCUCGAAUGAGUGCAAGACGGAGAUGGAGUUCUGUGCCGGAGAUGGGCUGAACGUAAACAUGGAUCUUACAACUGCAGUGCUGCGAUCGUCAGGCCUAGAGGGCGGCCAAGAAGAGCUGGCCGAACUAGGGAAGCAUAUUGUGCACUCGCUGUUGAGGUUGAAUUAUGAUGAUGUGUUGGCCGCUUGGUGCCACGACCGCAGCCUUUGGACCGACGGCAAACGACUGCAAACAGUGCCCGAGCACUUCACCUUUGACGACACCGCUGUGGAUGACUUCAGCCUCGUUCCAAAACCGGUUACUAGCCAUCCAAGGAAAAGAGCUGAUUCUAGUGAAAGCAGAGACCGGGAUGCUUCAGUGAUGCGCUACAGAGAGAAGAAACGGUCUCGUGUCUCCUCCAACAAGGUCCGGUAUCAGGUUCGCAAGUUCAACGCCGAGUGCCGGCCUCGCUUGAAGGGUCGGUUUGCGAAGAGAACAUAUCACACAGCGAUGACGCAGUGAUGGCGGAGGUCGACCCACAUGCCAGGUUCCUCUGGUUCUGCUCGGAGCUCGUGAAAUCAUUCACACACUUACACACACACACAUGAACAGACACACGCAAACUUGAAAUAAUCAGUACAUACAGAAACAAUGGCAAACUUGUACAUAAUGUAGCGAGUGCUGGAGACACGAUCAGUUCAUCGAUGCACUGGAUGUUUCGCAUCUGCUCAUCAAAAUGCCUUUUUUCUUCGCAGAUGGUGUAGCAAAUUCGUGAAGCAAGUUCCUGUCUUAGGGUGCAAUUCCAAAGCGCCAUAACCAGUAACAUCUUUUGCUACAAUGAAAGAAAGGAUCCUUUAUCAUCAAUGUAAUUAAGAAGUAUCUUGAAUAAAGGUCUGAACAAUAAGAACAGGAUGCUUCCAGUGA